UGCUGGAGCUCCGGAUCGCAGCGGUGGCAGCAGGAUGCGGGAGGCGAGGUUCAGGGACCACUUCUGGAGCACGGAUCUGACGAGCACAGUUGGCUAUGACAGCAUCAUCCAACAUCUGAAUGAUGGCAGGAAGAACUGCAAAGAGUUUGAAGACUUUCUGAAGGAAAGGGCAAUUAUAGAAGAAAAAUAUGGCAAAGAGCUCAUUAACUUGUCAAAGAAGAAGCCUUGUGGGCAGACAGAGCUGAACACGCUGAAGAGAUCCCUGGAUGUUUUCAAGCAACAGGUAGACAAUGUGGGACAAGGUCACAUCCAGCUGGCACAAACCCUUCGGGAGGAGGCGAAGAAAAUGGAGGAAUUCAGGGAAAAGCAGAAACUGCAUCGGAAGAAGAUAGAGCUGAUAAUGGAUGCAAUUCACAAAAACAGGAAUUUGCAGUACAAGAAGACCAUGGAGGCCAAGAGGCUCUACGAGCAGCGCUGCAGGGAUAAGGAUGAGGCAGAACAGGCUGUGCACCGCAACGCAAACCUGGUGACACAGAAGCAGCAGGAGAAGCUGUUCCUGAAGCUGGCUCAGACAAAAUCAGCUCUGGAGGACUCUGACAGAAGUUACCAGCAGAAUGUUACCACACUGGAGAAGAUUCGUGAAGAAUGGCAGAAAGAGCACAUCAAAGCUUGUGAGUUCUUCGAGACUCAGGAGUGUGAACGGAUCAGCUACUUCCGUAAUGCCCUCUGGCUUCAUGUCAACCAGCUCUCCCAGGACUGUGUCCAGAAUGAUGAGAAAUACGAGGAGAUCCGCAAGAGCUUAGAAAUGUGCAGCAUUGAGAAGGAUAUUGAUUUUUUCGUAAAUUUACGCAAGACUGGAAAUUUGGCCCCAGCUCCUGUUGUCUAUGAAAACUACUAUAAUGCAGAGAGAAACGUGGCUCCUGCGAGAAGUCCAGUUCCUGUGCCCAUAUCAAGGAGGGGACCUCUACCCACCCCAACCAGUGCACCAGGCAGAAGACACCAGUUGGCCUGCCUGGCAGAAGGUGGUGUUUCCAGUUAUUCCCAGCCACACAGAGCUGAAGUGCUUCUUCUCCAUUUUAAGAAAGAAAUUCGAGGAUUCUCCAGUUUAAGAAAGAGUUCUGAUAAUUAUUUGUACAUUCAGAAAAUGCCUGCUAAAAAAAUCUGUGCCUUUGAUCAGCAAACUCCUUGGAUGGAUUUUGCAUCUUCACGCUCAGGGGAAGGAAAGGAAUACAAGCAGUGGACCUGGACUCAGAUUCUGUGCCAGAAGAAGAUUCUGAUUUGAAGUUCUUCUGAAGUGCAGCCAUCUGGGGGAGGCUGGAGCCUGCCGUGCUACACAUUCACUAGAGAAGUCAUAUGUGAUGCUUUGGGCAUGCUGGCUUGUGCCCAGGGCAUGCAGAUCCCACUCCAAGUCUCAGGUGAAACUUGUGCCUGAUUAAGUCUUUUAUUAAUGGUGAUUAAACUCGUAAUUUAGAUUUACUUUAGGACAUGUCUCUCAGGGAGCUUCCUUAGAGGAGCACCGUGGGUCUGGCUUAGCUGUGGAUGGUGCUCCUGGCUGAAGUGUCAGCCCACUGGAAGGGGAUUUGCAUUUUGCCUGGUGCAGAAACCUCAUGGGAGGCUGUGCCACCACAAACCUUCUGGGAAGUCAUCCUGGGAAGUGCUGCUGAGGGUCUGGAGGAGGUCAGGCAGCACUUCCAACCACCUCUCCAAUCAGGGGCUUGGAGUUUUUUAGGCUCAUGGUAGAGUUUGUCCUGGAACACAUUGCCUAGAGAAGUUGUAGGUCCCCCAUCACUGGAAGUGCUCUAGGAGAGGUUAGACAGGGCUUUGAGCAACCUGAUCUUGCAUAAAAUGUCCCUGGUAUGUUCUGGAGACCCCUAUUUGAUGAGCCUCUGGGGAUGGUUAAACUUUGGGCUUGUUCUGGCUGUGCACCACUGGAAACAAAGUUAGCUACUAAGGUUGGGUUGGAGCCCUGAAACUUGGUUUUCUGACCAGGUCUCCUCAAAGUUUGUGCCCUUCUUGCUACUGUAUAGAUGACUGUGACUUUGAUUCAGAGCCUCAGGGCUGCUGUUUCCUCUGCAGCCCCUGUCUGCAGUGUUGCAUGGCAGCUCCUCAGUGCUUUACAACACUGGACCCAGGGGCAGAGGACAUGGGGAUUAACACAGAAUUUAGCUGUCUAAACCUGGUGCCAGGUGACUAACUCUGGGGCAAAAGGAGUUGCUAGUUGUAUCAUGUUCUUCAUCAAGCUGAAUCUGCAUUACUUCAGUGUGUGCCUAUGCCCACUGGUCUCUGGGGAUUUUACUGUGUUUUCUUGCGUGGAGAAGAUCACAGUGUGCUUCAAGUUUCUGUCCUGCUGCAUGAGAAUGAACUCUGUGAGGUGCCCGUGUCAAAGAAUCAGUUGUCCUAUUUUGGUUUUGAAAGACAAAUACUCUUCUGAAGGAUC